AUGACGGACCCAGACCUCAACAAUAAGCUCGAUAGACUACUCACUCUAUUGGAAGCACAGCUAGAGCUUACCAGACAGGGUCAUCGAGAGGAACGAUUACAACGAGCUCAACUGAGCAGGGAGGAGACAAUGGACCUCUCUCACUCAGAAGACCAAGCAGGAGGAGGAGAUGAACGAUCAGUCUCAUUCAACCUGGAUGAGCAGGACGAUGUCAACUACGAGAAGUAUGCUUCACCUACUGGGCCAAGAUAUGUCAAGACUAAGCUGGACCCCUACAGCAGGACCAGGAUGGACCCUUACCCCCUGGACCAAGAGGAGGACUCUAGCAUCAUGGCAGAGCUUAACUGGUCAAAGCCCAUUGCCACCCCCUUUCCAAAGUUCAAUCCCCGAGAUGUGGAGAUCUUCAUUCUAGAAGCCGAAGCAUGGUUUAAGUUCAACCAGGUGAUGGAGGCAUACAACAAGCUGUUGGCUCUCAGACUCACAAGUGAUGCUCCUGGUGCCGCCACACGUCAUGUAGAGCGGUUCAGAGACUUGGAGGGACAGGUCAACCUAGAUGACAAUGAGCUAGUGAUUGAUCUCUUCAGAGGAAGUCUCACUCGCAGCAUACAGGAGAAGUUCGAGAGGAAUCCACCUGGGAAGAGAUGGGAGUGGUACCGAGAGGUUGAGGAGAUCAAUCGACAGAGGAUGCUACUACAGCAGUCCUCGGCUAGACACUCACUCCCAAAUGCCACGUCACCUCCACUAAGAACUGGGUCUUGGCCAAAUCAAAGUUCGAUCCCCAUCCGACAACCCACUCAACCUUAUCCAGCUCGAUCACCAGCACAAGCAACUACACAAGCAACUACACAAAACCUAAACCAACCCCUUCCUUGUCAACCCACCCAAACCUCGAAGCAAGGAAGCCCUGCUCCAUCAGGUAUCAACACCUGUCAUGUAUGCAAGGGUAUCGGCCAUUGGGCCAGAGACUGCCCCAGCAGGAGGGUAGACCCUCUUAGCUCUCGACCCAUGGGACCAAAGGUUAUGGUCACCACAGCAGACCCCUUCGAGGAGGCCACUGACUCAGGAGAUGGCCACACAGGCAGUACUGAGAUGGGUGACCCCGAGGCCAUGGACCUCAGCUCAUACCAGCAACCCAUGGACCUCAACCAUGAGGAGGAGGAGCAUGAUGAUGAUGACAAUGAGGGAAACGUCAGUGGGGUGAUGCACUGA